AUGGGAGUACAACUAGAAGAAAGUCGUUUGUUCACCUUGUAUUUUGCGGACGAUCAGGUGGUUUUGGCGGAAGAUAGAGAGGACUUGAGCUACAUGGUCAGGAAAUUGAAAGAAGAAUAUGAGUUAAAUGGACUGGUACUGAAUGUGGGGAAGUGUGAGUAUCUGGUGGUUGGGAGCGACAUAGUGGAGAACCUGCCUUUAGAAGAUGGAGAAGUCAAGGGGGUCAGAAGAGCUAAAUAUUUAGGAGUGAUAUUUGACAAGUCUGGAAGCAGUGGUGUGGAAGUUGAGGAGAGGAUUCAGAAGGGAAGGAAAGUGACAAGGGCUUUUAAUUCUGUUUGGUGGGAUAGGGGUGUGUCAAAGAAAACAAAGAAGAGGAUUUAUAAGUCUAUGGUGCAGAGUGUGGUAUUGUAUGGCUCGGAAGUCUGGGAGUUGAAACAAAGGAACACUGGAAAGUUGUUGGCUACGGAGAUGGAUGUGCUCAGGAGGAGUUGUAGGAAGAGAAGAUUGGACAGGGUGAGGAACGAAGAUAUUAGAAGAUAA